ACUCAGCUAUAUUACUGAAGGGACUAGGUUAUGUUGACAUUAAUCAGUUGAAAUAAAUAAAGCACUAAGAAGUCAGGGAAAGGAAAGAUAUCUAACACGUGUAAGGUUGUCUGCUAAUGACUUUUGUGCAUAGGGUUGCUCUUGUGGAAAAUAUUCCUGAAGGGAUCAACUAUUCAGACAGUGCACCAUCCCACUUGUCUCUUUUCCAAGGCUGGAUGAAUUUGCUUAAUAUGGCUGAAAAGUCUGUUGACAUAGUAUCUUCCCAGUGGGACCUCAAUCACAGUCAUCCAUCAGCAUGCCAGGGGCAACGUCUUUUUGAAAAAUUGCUUGAACUGGCGUCCCGAAAUAUUGAGAUAAAACUAGUGAGUGACAUACUGCCUGUGGAAUCAAAAGUAUUAAAUGACUUGAAAUCAAAGGGUGCUGAAGUGCUAUAUAUGAACAUGUCAGCAUAUAAUGAAGGACGCCUUCAGUCAUCUUUCUGGAUUGUUGAUAAACAGCAUGUGUACAUUGGAAGUGCAAGCCUGGACUGGAGAUCACUGGGACAGAUGAAAGAACUUGGUGUCAUCGUGUACAACUGCAGCUGCCUGGUCCUGGAUUUACAAAGGAUAUUUGCCCUGUACAGUUCAUUAAAAUACAAGAAUAAAAUACCUCCAAGUUGGUCUAAAAGACUCUAUGGAGUGUAUGAUACUCAAAACAAACUGACGCUGCAGCUGAAUGAGACAAAAUCAGAAGCUUUUGUGUCGAAUUCACCUAAACUCUUCUGCCCAAAGGACAGAGUCCUGGAUAUUGAAGCUAUAUACAAUGUUAUCGAUGAUGCCAAACAGUUUGUAUACAUAGCUGUCAUGGACUACUUGCCGAUCGUCAUUGACACAAAUGCUAAACGGUGAGUG